ACGAGGGCGCUGUUACGAAACAUUACAACGACAACAGUCUCUAGCGAAAUGAAACAAGGAAAUCGAAGACACAGACGCGAAAUAAAAACCGACUUAAAACAAUCACGAGUGAUUGCUUAACAAAAAUAUAUUUUUUAAAUGACAGGAAACUGUGUCGCGUGCCACCUCAAACCGGAAGAGUGUGUCUACUCACCUGACCAGGUUCAACGGGUGAACAAGUGUCCAUUGUGUGACGGACGGUUGCCUCGCAGAGAUGGUUUGUGGAGGAUUCCUUUGCACCAAAACUUCACUUUGCGCACUUAAUUUACUCUAUGUGCUGGUGAGCCUGCUGCUGGUGGGCGUGGCGGCAUGGGGGAAAUGGUUCGGCCUGGUCUCCAGCAUCCGUGUAGUGGCGGUGGUCAUCGGCGUGGGCAUCUUCCUGCUUGUGGUGGCCUUCGUGGGCCUGUGCGGCGCCCUCAGGCACCACCAGGUCCUCCUCUUCUUCUACAUGAUCAUACUGUUCUUGGUGUUUGUGGUGCAGCUGGUCGUGUCCUGUGCCUGUCUGGCCCUCAAUAAAGACCAGCAGAAUCACCUCCUGGAGGUCGGCUGGAACAAGUCUGAGUCGACGCAGAGGGAUGUGGAAAAGACCCUCAACUGCUGUGGAUUCUCCCACGUCAACUACAACGCAUCCUGUGCUGCUAGCUGCUUUAACCACAAGCCUCCAUUGUCGUGUGACGCGUGCGCCAGCAUCGUUGAGAAGUACGCGGGGGAGGUGCUGCGGUUUGUGGGCGGUAUCGGACUCUUCUUCAGUUUCACAGAGAUGCUUGGACUUUGGCUGGCUCACAGGUACAGGAACAUCAAAGACCCCCGAUCGAAUCCUGGAGCCUUUCUGUGAUCGCUGGAAUAAAUGAACGCCUCACUUCCUGCUUCUGUAACGAGUCUGCAUUCAGGACAGUUAGUAUAUUUGCAACUGCAUUCAUUUGUAAAUGCUGGAAGCAGGAACUAAAACAGGGGUGGGCAAACUACGGCCCGGGGGCCACAUCCGGCCCAAUAUGGCCCGCCUGUUCUUUCCAAAGUAUUUUAUUUAAACUCAACAUACAACCUGGCAUCGUGGCUUGGGCCAAUUUUUUGAUGGUUGAGGUAGCUGCUUUAUCAAUUUGGUUAUUUGAUGUGGUCUGUUGUUUACAAAAUACUCCUGGAAAAAGGAACACAAGCACAAUAGUAAAAAUAAUAAUAAAUAAUAAUACAAUAAUAAUGUUGU